AGGCCGGGGGUGGCGGCGCCAUGCCCGGGCCGGCGGCUCCCGCGGGGCCCGGUGGCGGCGGCGGGGCCGACCCGGAGGAGGGCUACGACUUCCUCUUCAAGCUGGUGCUCAUCGGGGACGCCAGCGUGGGCAAGACCUGCCUCGUGCAGCGCUUCAAAACCGGGGCCUUCGCCGAGCGCCAGGGCAGCACCAUCGGCGUGGACUUCACCAUGAAGAGCCUGGAGAUCCAGGGCAAGCGGGUGAAGUUGCAGAUCUGGGACACAGCUGGCCAGGAGAGAUUCCGAACCAUCACGCAGAGUUAUUACCGCAGCGCCAAUGGAGCAAUCCUAGCCUAUGAUAUCAGCAAGAGAGGCUCUUUCUUGUCCAUUCCUCGCUGGAUCGAGGAUGUGAGAAAGUAUGCUGGUUCCAACAUAGUACAGUUACUGAUUGGAAAUAAGUCUGACCUAAGUGACCUUCGAGAGGUUCAGCUGGAAGAAGCUCAGAAUCUGGCUGAACACUAUGAUAAUAUCAUCUGUGCCAUAGAGACCUCUGCAAAAGACUCCAGCAACGUGGAGGAGGCUUUUGUGAAGAUGGCUACAGAGCUCAUGAUGAGGCAUGGAGGCCCUAUGUUCAGUGAGAAGAAUACUGAUAGCAUCAAGCUUGACAGCAAGGACAUUGUAGAAGGAUGGGGGUGUGCUUGCUGAUAUGAGCUAGGUCAAAUCCCUAACUUUACUGGAAUUUAGAUGGUGCUUCACCCUAAUGCUGAGUAGCACAGUAGCCAUAUUUUCCUCCUCCUGUGAAACCAGCAAUUUUGUAGAAGUUAGUUAGACACAAUCCUGUUUGCUUUGGUGUCUUUUUUUAAAAGGGGACUUUUGAGAGGUAGUCCUAAAAGUCAAGCCCUCUGAAAAACUUACUCGACAUUUGUCCCUACCAUUUUCUUUUCUGUGACCUUCAUGCCAGUUACAAAAGUGGAGGAAAAAACUUUGAACCAGAGAUGUGGGGUAGGGAAACAGAUGGCUGGAAAAGAGACUGCCACAUACCCAAAUUCUGAAGCAAUUAUCAUGGGAUUGUUGGCAAAGAAGAAUAGGCAUGCUUGACAGCGUCUCUUUAAAUGCUCAGCACUCCACCAAUGACCAGAAGGCCUAGAAGCAACAGAGUGUCUGAUAAAGGUAUUUCAAUUAUCAGAAUACCCAUCGUUUUGAUUACAGGACCAAAUAGUCAUCUGUCCGAGGGCAUAUGGAUUGCUAGCUAGUACUGGAACAGGCCCAAGUGGGACAGCCUUCUCUCAGGUUUUGUUCUCAUUUUCUUAAGUUAUCAUUUUAAUAGAUAGCAAAAUCACCCUGAGCGGUAUCACCACUUGCUGUCAAGCAGGGUUGGACCAGUUUAGUUAUUUUAAAUACAGUCUUGAGGAGAGGGUAGGUAUAUUGCAUUUGUUAUUGUUUGCACAAGGAUAGCUCCCUUUUUCAAGUGGGCAUCAUUGAUUUUUUUGCCCUCAAGUCUAUCAGUUUCAUUUGAAAUUACAGACCUGUGCCACUGGAAACAGCAACUGGAGAAACCUUGAACUGUCUGGUGGCUGUGAUCUCUUGCCAUGUGCCUAAUGGCCGUAUACAGGGAUAAUUCUGGUCGUACAUUUGGUGUUAUGUUACCCAAGUGUUCACUGCUUAAGUGGCAUAAGUAGGAUUUGGUUGGUUGGUUGGAUUUUAACCGUCUUUUUAAAUACAGCAUGGGUGUGUAUUUGGAAAGAAGACUUCAGAAUAGGAGAAAGCUGCACAACUUCUUGGUUUUAAGAGUCUAGCAUCUUGAGUGAUUACCUCCCACCUUUGUACUCAUCUGCAUCUCUCCCUGUCACAAGUUACUAAUUGCUCUUUAUUUCUUGAAAACUCAGCAGGGAAUUUCUUUCACUGUUGAUCAGAAGUCUACAUUGUUACGUAAAAUAGAUCUCAUAAUCCAACUAGAUAUAGUUGCCUUUCAGAUUCAGCUCUGUACUGCAUGUUGUAGACACAGUCCAAGUAGUGGUGGCAGCAGCCCUUCCUGGAUUUACACUCUCAAGCACCUUACAAACUUGGAUUUGCAAAGGGAGCAGAAGCAGGUUUAUUUUUAAAUCUGCUGUUAAAGCAAAGGUGUUCAGAGGUGCAAGUGAUUUCUGCAAUCCUCAUUCUUUAAAGGAGCUCAUUUACAGAAAGCACUCAAACUGAAGUCACUUGUCCCUUUUGAAAAUCUUGAUCAAAAAGGACCAGGUGGAUUGGUUUGCUACUAGGGCUACACCUGUUUUUAGCCAUUCAACAUAUCCAGUAUCAUGAAAAUCUGGAAGAUUUAAGAAAGGGCUAACGGAUCCUAAUUUCAAUACUAUUCAUUUUCAUACAGAAAAUAUUAAAUCAUUCUUUGGACUUUC